UUGUGUAUUUUUCAGAAACAGGACUCUUUUGCAACUGAGACGGUCGUUGAAACGUCUAUAGAGCAUCAAGGCGGCGGCGAUAGCGCGGAAGUGGUUUUUGCCGCGGAACAACAGGCAGAAACGGAUUCUACUAAUUCUAAAGAACAUCGGCCUGCUGUGGUUUACGAAGAGCGGCAAUCAGAAAUAGAUUCUCAGCAACGACAGCAUGAAAUGGAAACAACCGAAGCUGAGUCAGAAGCUGCUAUUGAAGCAUACGAUGAUAAUACGGAAGAGAUGACGACUAUUUCUGCUGAACAGCAACCUGACGUUGAAAAGACAGAAAGUGAAGUACAAGAAGAAGAUACUUCAUCUGGAGGAGCCGACGAACCCGGAACCCUAAGCGGUUCUGUUGAAGACGUUGAAAAAACAACUUACGUAACGGGAGAAACUGGAGAUACAUUCAAAGAAGAGCACAGAACGAGUUACACCGUCGAGGAACGAAAAGGCGGUGAUGUCAUGAAAGAGCACGUUGUGGUCACUGUUGUGUCUACCGAGUAUAUCUCCCAUGAGGAGCGUGAGGUGAAGGACACUAAGAAGCAUGAAGAAAAGCAAGAAGAAGAAAUGGAAACUUCGGACAAGGACCAGGAAGAACAAAGCUCUCCUAAAACACCGGAAGCUGUUGAACCUAGAACACCCAGAACCCGUGGACGUAAGCCGAAGGUCCAGCCGACCACUAAUGAACCACCGAAGAUAUAG